CUCUCAAAACAACCUAUAAAUGAACUAAACUUCACGGUACCCUAAAACUCCCAUUUUGCUUCUUUUCCUUUGAAAAGAAAUCAAGUAUCCAAGCAACUGCACCAUUUUCACACCAUACCCCAAAAAAAUGAAGAGAGAUUUUUGGAAUAGAGAGGUUGAGAAUAAUUUAGCUUUGGCAAAUUGCUUGAUGCUUCUUUCACAAGAAGGAAACAACCAUGAACAUGCCAUGAACAAUAGAAACCCUAGCCGAGUUUUCGUGUGCAAAACAUGUAAUCGGCAAUUCCCUUCGUUCCAAGCUCUAGGAGGUCACCGGGCGAGUCAUAAGAAGCCUAAGUUGACGGAAGGAGAUGGUGGGGCUGAGAACCAAUCUCCGGCGAAGCCUAAGACACAUGAGUGUUCGAUUUGUGGGGUCGAAUUCGCGAUCGGGCAAGCGUUAGGGGGACAUAUGAGGAGGCAUAGGGCUGGUUUGAGUGAAAACCAGCAUAAUCCUUCGAGUUUGUCUAAUGAGCCAGUGAUAGCACCAAUUGUGAAGAAAUCUAAUAGCAGAAGGAUUUUGUGCUUGGAUUUGAACUUGACUCCAUUGGAGAAUGAUUUGGAAUUGGUCAAGCUUGGCAAGGCAGCUCCAGCAAUAGAUUGUUACCUGUAAGGGUAUUUUCAAAUUUUUCUUUAGUUUAAUCCUUGACAAUUAAUAUGGUACAGUUAUCCCAUUGUUUAAAGGAUUAAUAUAUGAUGCAC